GGCUGCCCGGAGAUGCCCGGCGCCGCGGCCCGUCCCGGAGCCCAGCGCGAGCAUGGAGAAGUCCAGUAGCGAAGCCUCCUCCAUCCGCCGGAGCCCCUCCCUGGAGAGCAAGGACUCGGACUUCGCCAGAGCCUCGGCCUCGGGGAAGCGCUUCAGCCGCGGCUUCACGGCCGGCGCCUUCUACGGCACCGCGGGGCCCCGCCGGCAGGGCCGCCGCGCCGCCGCGCCGGGACCCGGGACGCCGAGGGACGCCGGGCCCCGCUGCCCCCAGGGCGAGGGCGGCCGCGGCAGCAGCAAGUACCUGGUGUUUUACCUGGACCUGUCCUUUGUUUUCCUCCUAGAGUUUCAGAAGUGCAGCAUGGCCAGGGGCUGCUUGUGCUGCCUGAAAUACCUGAUGUUCCUUUUCAAUUUGGUCUUCUGGUUGUGCGGCUGUGGGCUCUUGGGUGUGGGAAUAUGGCUCUCCGUGUCCCAAGGAAACUUUGCCACCUUUUCUCCCACUUUCCCAUCACUGUCAGCUGCCAACCUGGUCAUUGCCAUCGGAACCAUUGUCAUGGUGACAGCCUUCCUGGGCUGCUUGGGUGCUAUCAAGGAAAACAAGUGCCUCCUCUUAAGCUUUUUUGUUGUUUUGCUGAUCAUUCUCCUGGCUGAGCUGAUACUACUUAUUUUGUUCUUUGUUUAUAUGGACAAGGUGAGUGAAAGUGCAAAGCAGGACCUGAAGGAGGGCCUUAAGCUGUAUAACACAGACAAUAACGUUGGGCUGAAGAAUGCAUGGAAUAUCAUUCAAGCAGAGAUGCACUGCUGUGGGGUAACUGACUAUAGAGAUUGGUACCCAGUAUUGGGCGAUAACGUUGUCCCUGACAGAUGCUGCAUGGAAAAUUCCCAAGAUUGUGGUCGGAAUUCCAACAACACAAGCUUGGUGUGGAAAACGGGGUGCUACGAGAAGGUCAUGAUGUGGUUUGAAGACAACAAGCAUAUCCCUGGGGCAGUUGGGAUGUGCCUGCUCAUAAUACAGAUUCUUGGCAUGGCCUUUUCCAUGACUCUCUUCCAGCAGAUUCACAGGACCGGUAAAAAAUACGAUGCCUAAAAUCCUGUUUUGUAACCUCAUCAGCCCUUCUCUGUUGCCAUUAGGACAGAACAAUAACUGCAAAAGGGUGAAUCAAAGUUUGUCUGACCUUGGGGCUGCCUACACCAUUAGUUCCUCAGUGGCCUCUUUUCCAAGACGGAUUGAACCGAACACCAGUAUUACAGGACCUUUUUGUAUCUGCUCGGCCAUCGUUUUGCCAAAGAAGAGGGGAACCCUCCUGAAUGCAAAUCAGUUUUCUACUCCUACUCAGAGGUCCCUGUUUCUAACCUUCUAGGUGGAAUAACGUUCUAGUGCCGAUCAGUGUUAGAUCUCUGAGGGUAGCCGAUGGACGCGUCUAUUAACUUUUUAAAAUAAUCUUUUUUAAAUGGCUUGUGCCCAACUGGGUACUGGGACUUGAAUGAAGCCAUUCAGAUGACACCCCUAUGAAUUGGACCUGCUUGGACAGAGGGGUUUUUUGGGGUGUGUGUGUCAAGGGUACUUUACUGUAUCUUUCAGAAUAUUAAGUAUUUCCUUUUCUUCCCUUCUUUUCUCAUGUUUCCCCCCAGAAUUCUAUUGGGCAGUCUUUGAAAAAUGCCAUUUUUACAGUUCUAAAUUUAAAACCAGGAGGAAAGGUGCAUAUAAGUUUCUGUCAUAAUAAGUUUAAAAGAGACUCUGCAGUUGGUUAGUCUCAGCUAAGCUGGAAUCACGCAGCGAGAAUUCUGGGACCAGAGCACACUCUCGGAUACAUACCUCAGACUUUUCAGGUGGGGAUCUUCCACGUAAGUCAUAAAUGAAGCAAACUUCUCUCUGGAAGCAUCUUAUUCUGAAAAAGUUAGAAUGGGCUGCUGCUGCUUGAUGGCAAACUGGUACGUGUCAGGAGACCCGGCCAAUGUCCCUGCCGUGGUUCUUAUUCCUGGUAGUCUUAAAAUAGGAUAGGAAUGACAUACUUUUGAUAAUUAGCUAAGCUGCCUUUACUAAGGCUUUCCUCUCUGAUCUUUAAAAAAAUCUGUGACUUCUGUCAAAGGAGAGAGAACCUCUGUAACAAGAACCAGCAAUCACAUUUAUAUUUAGCAGAAUAAAAAAGCAAUUUCCAAAGGUAUCAAGCUAGUGAGCAAAACAUAAACAAUGGAUGGCUCUCAAAAGUCAGGUUUUCCCCAAACCCAGCAGCUGCCCCCCGUUCUCUGCAUAGUUCCUUGCUCUGGUUAUGGCAAAUUGUGCUGGGAACUGGGGACACCUCACCUGUUGAUCCACGGAGGCCAGAGCAGGACUCCUCGUCCCUGGAAGCAGGCUGGUUGCUGCAGCUUUGCCCAGGUAACUGCUUGGAAGUUGCAUCCUUCCCUUGAAAAAAUAUGCAGAGAUUGGCGGUCAUGCAAAAAAAAAAAAGUUAUUCCCACCUUUGCAUCCUCUAAAAAUAAGUGUGUAGAGUAAGAGUGAAACUUUGUUCAGGAAAAAUAGGAAAUUGUGAAUGAUUAAACCAGUGGAACCCCCCCCCCCGCUCCUCUUUUCCUUUCAGGAUCAGAGUAGUAGAUAAAGUCAAGGAAGAAUAUUUCCUCCCUUUUUAUGUAGCUAAAGCUUGAGGGAUCAGCACUGUGGUGUAAGGGAAACCAGAGGUGAGCGGAGAGACAAGCUAUGGAGUGCAACUGAAGCUCCUUUUUGCAAUCUUGGAAAUAAUUCACAGGAAGCAUCUGAGAGUGGUUAAGGUGCUGGGCUAGAAUCCAGGAGACAGUUCUAGUCCCGCCUUAGGCACGAAAGCCAGCUGGGUGACUUUGGGCCAGUCCCUCCCUCUCAGCCCAACUCACCUCAGAGGGUCGUCAUUGUGGGGAAAAUAGGAGGAGGAGGAAGUAUUAGGGAUGGUCGCUGCCAUGAGUUAGUUAUAAAAAUAAUACAGGCGGGAUAAAAAUUAAAUAAAUAAAUAAAUAAAAGAUUAACAACAGGAAAGCCUCAGAUGUAAACAAGCAUGAUACAAGGCCCUUUACCCUUUUUUUUUUAGCUUUUAUUACAUCAAACUAAUUAACAGAAAUAAAAACUGCAUAUAGUGCAAACCAGUUGUAGAUUUAUCUUUCUAAUGCUGCAAAAUAAGUAUUUGUACCAUCUCCGUGCACAACAAAUCUACAGUUUUAUUUAUUUUAUUUAUUUAUUUUCUAUCCCACCUUUAUUAUUUUUAUAACUCAAGGCAGGGAACAUCCCUGUUACUCCUUCCUCCUCCUAUUCUUGAUGCCCUGAUGCAGCCAAGCAUACCCACCCUUGAUACACCGUGCUCAUUUUCAAAUCAUUGUUGCACUCUUGUAGGCUUGGACCCAAAACACGGGAACCAUGGGACUAACCUAGAAGAAAUUGCCAUCUCUUGAAGUACAUCUCCAAUAGCAACCCUCACUAAACAACCUUUAAUGCCUAUGAAAUAGGAUUUUUCACUGUGUUAACCACAUUUUAAGAUAAAAAUAAUCUCACAUUCUUUAAGGCAACUGUCUGCUGGUUUUAAAAAAGCAGGUCAUUCCAAGUUCUGUAAGUAGUUAAUAUCAGUUUCUCAAAGUCUUCAUUAAAAGAGAAAAUGGGCAGUCUCAAAAGCCUCUUGCAGCUGUGGCUGUUCAGAGGGGGAAAUAGCAUCAGGACCAAACAUCCAGGUAACACGCACUUAACUAGAGUAAACUGCCAAGAAGCCAUCUGAAAUAAACCAAAUUCAGUUUUAUAGACUUUUUAAAAACAAUUUCAUCAGACCUAUGUUUUUCAAAAGUAAAAAUAAACUGAAAGGUUUAAUUUACUAAAAACAAAAAACAAAAAGUGGAUUAAUUAUUUAUUUUUAAAUGGCAAGUAUAGCAUAAUGCAAACUUUUAUGCAUAAGGGGGUUAGAGUUUUGUCUGCAACCAAAUCUCUUCUCCAUUUAUCUUGUGACAUUAAGUUUCCAAUAUUGACUAAUCCCUGAACAAACCAGUAUUUCAGAAGACUCAAAUGCUCAAGUUGAACACAAAGAAGAGCUGAAUUUGAAGUUCCUAAUUCCAGCCUGUGACUGAAGCUAAAAUAAAUGCCAAAUGAUAAGCCUGAAAGGGUGGACAAUUAAAUCCAUAUUUGCCAGCUAGUACUUGUAACUCACUCCAUGGAAAUCUUAAGAUAUACCCCUUCAAGAAAGUUAUUUAAUAAAUUUGCUUGAAAUAAUAUAAAGGCACAAGAAUAUCUUUUAAAAUAUAUGUAGAAUUACCUUAAGCAUAUUUAUUUGCCCCAGCAACUGAAAGGAAUUCUAAAUUCUUCUUUAGUUUGAUCCAAAAUUGGAGAUGAUUUCAAAUUUGCAUUUAAGAGAGGUUCCCAUGGAUCUUUAUCCCAAGAUCAGCAAAAAGGAUCAGAAAGCAACUGAUCACAGUCACAGGCUUUAUGGGAAUCAAUCCACUGGCCUCAGGCCUGGUUUCCUCUGAUUUAUAGAGUAACCACAUGGGGUAUCAGCCCAGAGGAACAAAAUGAAUGUUUCUGACCUCUAUAACACAUACCAUCUGUACCUAACAGAAUCUCAGACUUCCCUUGUCUUCUGUGAUCCUCUUAAUAUUUUCCGAUUUCUAAUAGUGCAAGGGGAUAUCCUUGACUUGUUCCACAACUUAAGGCACAUCAUUACACGUGAUUUGGCAGUGAAAUAAAAUAUGUUGCUCCACAAUAUAAAACUCUGGGGAAACCCAAAAUAAGCCAGAAUGUGCUUCACAAACUUCCAAGAAGCCACAUCAAACAUCCUUGUGUUUCAAAAGAAACAGUGGCUCCUGGAUUCUGUCUAAAGCAAUUACAAGAAUUAAAAAUCUCACUGUCAGAACAACAGUCUGUUAAGUGUUAGUGUAACAGUCAGCAAUACUGGGGAGCAGUAGGCAGAAAACCAAGGUGUAAUCCAUAACCCACAUCAAACUAGGUUUAUCGUUGGAGCAAACAAACUUGGCUUGGAAAGAACUACAGUAUUUGCCUCUUUUAAAGUAAGGGAUAGGAAUCUAAUCUGAGAAAAUUUCAAUGUAUAUCUCUAAUAAAAAAAGAAGAUACCAAACCCAAUAUAUUUUCUCUCCCAGUCAAUGAGAAAACCAUCAGUUCUGAAGCUUUCCAUGGUUUCAAAAAUGCAGUGGUAUUCCGAAUCUCUUGAAUAAUCAAAGGAGUAAAAUGUGGUAAUCUCAUAUCCUUUAGAAAAGAAUUUUAUCUCUGCAUUUGUCGAUGAGAAACUGUACAAUUCGAGGGAUUUAAAAAAAAAGUCUGAAUAAUCUGUACAUUCCCAUCUAUAUUAUAUGUAGAAAACGAGGGAGUUUAUUACGAUCAAAUGAUGCUACAGACUUCCCUCGAGCACUGCCUGGGAUGGUUCAGUGCCUGAAUCACAUCACAGGUGCCUUUGAAUCACAUCACAGGUGUCCAAUUUGAUGGGCAAAUCCAGGUUCAUCCCAAAGGACUGUUUAUCGCUUUGCAAAUAUACAGGUAGUGUUUACAUUUGCCCUAGAUCACGCAUCUUGUUCACAUCU